AGAAAUACCCAGUGACUCAUAAUUUCCCUUUAAAUACCGCCGGUUUUCCGUCCAGGAGAGCUCCGGGCCAGAGGAGAGUCCGAGCCGCCGAUCUUGACUGACCGGUGACCGUGGGACGGGCGGCCCGAAGGCAGGGCAGGAUGGUCUGGGAUGGGGAAACUGAGGCCCACAGAAGCGAAAGGACUCGUCCAACAUCACCCAGCCAGACACGUGGCGGAGACGGGAUGAGAACCCAGGUGGUGGGCCGUCUUCCCCGAGAGACUCCAUGCCGGGCGGACUCUGCUGGGCCGUGCUGCUCUGGGCCGUGGGAGGACUGACCUCCGCUCAACCGGGCAGGAAAGAAGCCCCCGGAAGCAAUGUCAGCUGUUGGGUUUACAACGUCAACUUCAUGAACUGCACUUGGAAAGCCUCUGAGGACAAAGAAAUUCAGCAUUUCCUCUACAUACAGCCUUCACAGGCAUGUUUGAAGUACACCACCGAUUUCCAAGGCCGACACGUUGGAUGUCACUUUGAUCACAUACCCAAAAAUCAGGUGACUAGAUUCCUCAUGUCAAGAGUGAGGAACGAAACGGCAGAACGGACGAAUACAACGUUUAUAAAAUUCAUGGACGAAUAUGAAAUUUUCAAUCCACCGAGGAAUAUUACCGUGAACUGCUCGGAAUCAAGUUGCCUCAUAACCUGGCAUGAGCCAGAAAGCCGAAGAGCGCUGCAAUCGUAUUAUUUCAACUAUGAAAUCAGCAUCCAGAAAAAGGUUGGCGAUUCCUUCGAAAAAGUUGUCACGUUGACUCAAUCCAACCAUCACACCGAUUCCUUCUACACCUACAACAAUUAUGAUCCGCGAUCCAAGUACACUCUGCAAGUGCGUGCAGUCUACGAUCGGAGUCCCCAGGUUAUGGGCCUUUGGAGUGAACCCUUGGAGUUUGGGUCCGGAAAGGAGGCCGGGAGCCCGUGGCUGGUCUGGAUGCUGGUGGUUUUUGGGAGCCUCGUGUUCGCCCUGGGCAUCCUCUGCCUCUGGAAAAGGCUCAUUGUGCUGAAAGGAUUGUUUCCUCCGAUUCCACAAAUAAAGGACAAGAUCAGCGACUUUGCCCAGCCCCAGAACAGCCACAUCAUCUGGGAGGAAUUCAAACAGCCGCCGGAACGGUGCGAGAUCGAAUUGAUCCGGUCCGAAGGGGAAAAGGCUUGACGUGGAUCCCGGGCCCGGGAUUCGGACCACCUGGGUUCUCAUCCCGAGUCCGCCCCGCGUCCGCUGUGCGACCCUGGGCCGGUCACUUCACUUCUCCCUGCCU